CCGGUGUGUCUGGUUGGUUUACUUCUCCAUCCUGGAACUUAUUGCUGAUCUGACUCAAGUUCAAGCUAUUCAAAGCAGAGAUCAGCUGUGAGAAGGCGCUUAACCCAGAGCUCAGGCACAACAGACUUUAUCAUGACAACAACAAUAGUAAUUCAGCAACCGCCACCUACACAAGUGGUCGAGGUCAUGAACCCACGGGAGUGGAGUUCAGGAUUGUUUGAUUGUCUCGGUGAUUUAAAAACAUGCUGUUUUGCGUACUGGUGUUUUCCCUGCUUCGCAUGCAAAACCUCUAAAGACUACGGCGAGCAUCUCUGUCUCCCCCUGCUGGAUAUGUUUGGUGUGUGCGUCCCACCCAUCACUUUGGCUAUGAGGGUCUCCUUACGUCACCGCUAUGGUAUCGAUGGCUCCCUUCCUAAUGACUGUGUGCUGUCCAGCUUCUGUACCGUCUGCAUCUGGUGUCAGAUGGCCAGGGAGAUAGAAAAGAGGAAUGCCCCGGUCAUGAUCUCAGCCAAAACCGCAUAACCUCAAAACCACCGCCUGGGCUGAUACGUGUUCUGGUGCUGGGGAUACUGAAGAAUACCUAUGUUUCUAAAUUAGCAUAGAGAACCUUAAUCAUGCAGCUAUAUGAGCAAUAUGAUCUUGAUUUAAACUUCAGGAAUAAAGGCCCAUGGAUUUGGAUGAAAUCCAAAAACAUUGUUUUCUAACGGGGUUUUGUUUGUAUAAUUAAAAUAUAAUUAUACCAGUUUUUAUUUCUUCUUUAUAGAAUAUACAUUAAUAUAUAAAUCUAUCCAUCCAUCCAUCCAUUAUCUGAACACCCUUCUUCCCUAAUGGGGUCGGGAGGGUUGCUGGUGCCUAUCUCCAGCUGCGUCCCGGGCGAGAGGCGGGGUACACCCUGGACAGGUCGCCAGUCUGUCGCAGGGCAACACAAAGACAUACAAGACAAACAACACACUCACACCUAGGGAGAAUUUUAGAGAAACCAAUUAACCUGACAGUCAUGUUUUUGGACUGUGGGAGGAAGCCGGAGAACCCGGAGAGAACCCACGCAUGCACAGGGAGAACAUGCAAACUCCAUGCAGAAAGAUCCCCGGCCGGGAAUCGAACCCAGGACCUUCUUGCUGCAAGGCAACAGCUCUACCAACUGCGCCACUGUGCAGCCCCUUAAUAUAUAAAUGUAAAUUUAUAUAUAUAAAUGUAGACAUAAAAACUGGUACAAUUAUAUAUAUAGUAUUACUGUUUAUAUUGUCUUGCUAUUUCCAGUCACUAGAUGUCCUAUUGUCCACCUUCUCCUAGGCCUCAGUGUUUGCUACCUCCUUUUUUACUUCAACCUGCAACAUAUGCCUAUUUUUUCUCCAAUAAAGGUAAAAUAAAUAACUAAAAUCAAA